GAAAUUUUCUCCUUUUGCCGACAGGCCUGUUCCGCGCGGCCAUCCAGCUGAGCGGCGUGGCCAACAGCGCCAUGGCCUACACGGAGCGCAACAUGGAGCGGGCGGGCGCGCUGGCGACCAGGCUGGCCGGCAACGUCACCCUGGACGCGGCCGGCGUGGAGCGUGUCCUGCUGCAGGCGCCUUACGAGGCCAUCGCCAGAGAGUCCUUUUACAUGUUCUACAACUCGGGCUGGGGUCUGAAGCACAACCCGUUCGUGUUCUCGCCCGAGCUGCGGCCGCCCGACGCCGAGCCCAGGGAGCUGUCCCGCCACCCGGAGAGCCUGCUCCGCGACCCCGCGGUGCCCAGGGUGGCGACGCUGACGGGCGUCCUCUCGCGAGAGGGGCUCCUCACGUCCAACCCCCUGGAGAGGAACCCGGAGAAACUGUCACUAUUCGUCCGGAACUUCGCGGAGUACCUGAGGGCCGACUGCAUGAACGUUAGUGAGGCGAGCAUCAACCUGGUGGAGGAGAUCACCGCCAGAAUCAAGCAGAGGUUCUUCCAGGGACAGGACCCUUCCCCCGACUACUCGGAGAUGCUGGCAAACCUGGUCGGCGACCUGAGAUACGUGUACCCACUCUAUCGCUGGGUGCGCACGCUGGACUCGCAGAAGGCCCCAAUGUAUCUAUACCUCUUCGACGUCGUCGAUGGGUACAAUUACCAGAGGAUGAACUUGACCACCAACGUCACGGGCGCUGUCCAUGCGGACGAUUUGGGAUACCUGUUUCGAGUGACUGCAACAGAACUUCACCAGAACAUUUCCGCGGAAAGCCGGUCUGCCUUCGCGUUGAGAGAGCAUGAGCUCUCCUCUCCUCGAGGGCCACGAUGUGGCCGCCGAUCCCGCCCGCCGACGGCGCCCUCCGUACCUCCACUUCGGCGCGAGCUUCACGAUGACGCGCGUCGAGAACACUUUCGGUGCCGAGGACCGCAUGGCGUUCUGGGACCAGAUCGUGGACCUCAUGGCCGAGGACCGGGCUGGCGCUGGCUCGGUCGCGGCGCAGGCCUCGGGGCCGGGGCUGCCGCUGUGGCUCGCGGCUCUGGUCGCGGUGCUCGCCUUCGGCACCGGGGGAAGUCCGUAGCGACAUCUUUAGUUUCCGACGUUCGUUGCCGACCAAGACGGAAGUGCGGACCUGCCGAGGCAAACGAUUCAGUAUUCGCGCAAGUGUGCGGGUUGUGCGUCCGGUGUCCAGGGGUCUCUUUCUUCCACACUUGACAUAGGCGACCACUGGUCCCGAGGGUUUCGUGUCGUAAACGGCCUAGGUUGACCACGUAGAGCCGACAUUUCCACCGACCUACCGUCACCGUCACGCCUCUCUGAUCUCAACUCAGAUCGGCUUUGGCUCUUACUGAACUGCGGUUGUGGCGCUACUCCCAGCUGAGCUCAUCCGACUAACCGCAUCAAGAAAAAACAACUACAGCGGCGCAAUAAUUAUGCGCUACCAUUUUACUACUUCUCAAGACUAAGAACUUUGAUUUACAUAAAAAAAUAAAACUCGAUUUUUCGUUA